UAUUUUAUUGCAUGUUACAUUGGAGAUCUCGGAUCAAUUGAUUAGAGAUCAGAGACAGGAUUGCAAUUGAGCUCGCGCCAUCAAGAAGCAGAAGGAGGACACCGGGGCCUGGAAACACGCUCUGUGCGUGUGAAUGCGUUCGCGCGCGCACGACCCACACCUAGGCGGCUCUACCGACACCCUCGUUGCAAUUGUUUGGGGUUAAGCUUCGCAGGAAAGCGCGCGCGUGUGGACCGAAAAAGCAACCGCCCGAAGCUCCGCCUACCGCCUACUCCCGCAGUUCAACCAGCACGUCUGCGCUCGCGGAGCUCCGCGCUCAGGUCUCCAGCCGCACUCUUAAUAGGAUUUUGCGGUGUUUUUGUGUCGAAAAUCCACCGCGACCGGAACAGGAGGUUUGUCCUGAGGACCUGCAGUGUAAAUAUUCUCGGGGUGGACGUUGUACUGAGUGGCGUAGACAGAACUGCAGUCAGUAUGCUUAUCUGACAUUGACUUGACUGCCAGUCAGGCAAACUCUAGCAGAAAAUGAUGAUGAAGCUACUGCGCUAGUGCCAUAUGGUUUGGGAAUGAUGGAGGUCCCUAAUGGCCAACCCAUUGUCUCCACUGCUAUCACCUCAGAGAAGAGCAGCAGUUCAGAGUCUCUGAGUGAGAAGGGCUCGGCUGAGCUGAAGAAAAGUUUCGAUGCUGUUGUCUUUGAUGUGCUGAAGGUCACACCAGAGGAAUAUGCAGGGCAGAUCACACUCAUGGAUGCUCCAGUGUUCAAAGCCAUCCAGCCUGAGGAGCUCUCAAGUUGUGGCUGGAACAAAAAAGAAAAGCACAGUUCAGCUCCUAAUGCCGUGGCUUUCACACGAAGAUUCAAUCAGGUGAGCUUCUGGGUGGUGCGGGAGAUUCUUCAUGCCCAAACGUUGAAGAUCAGAGCUGAAGUUUUAAGUCACUACAUCAGGACAGCAAAGAAACUGUGUGACAUGAAUAACCUCCAUGCAGUAAUGGCAGUGGUGUCGGGUUUACAGAGCGCCCCGAUCUUCAGACUCAGCAAAACGUGGGCUCUGUUGAGUCGCAAGGACAAGGCUUCAUUCGAGAAACUGGAGUAUCUGAUGUCUAAAGAAGACAAUUACAAGCGGCUGAGAGACUACAUCAGCAGCCAGAGUAUGACCUCUUGCAUACCGUACCUAGGUAUGUAUCUGUCAGAUCUUACCUACAUAGACUCAGCGUAUCCCUCCACCGGCAGUAUUCUGGAGAAUGAACAGAGGUCCAACUUGAUGAACAACAUUCUGAGAAUCAUCUCAGACCUACAAAGAUCCUGCGAAUAUGAUAUACCUGAAUUGCCUCAUGUCCAGAACUAUCUGACCUCAGUCCACUACAUUGAGGAGUUGCAGAAGUUUGUGGAGGAUGACAACUACAAGUUGUCUUUAAAGAUCGAGCCGGCCACUAGCACACCUCGUGCAACUGCCUCUAGAGAAGACCUCGUAGGAUCGGAUGCCUCUGGUUCGCCCUUGUGUGGUCGCCGUGGCAACUCUGCUGAUGGUGGCCUACCUAAAGUCCCUGGUACUCCACCUUCCCCUCGCAACCUCCUACCGUAUGGGCACAGGAAAUGUCACAGCCUGGGCUACAAUUUUAUUCAUAAGAUGAACACAGUGGAGUUUAAGAGCGCUACAUUCCCCAAUGCUGGAUCCAGACACCUGCUGGACGACAGUGUACUGGAGAGCAACACACCUACACGAGGACAAGCAGAGAGCUCCACUCUGUCCAGUGGCAUCUCAUUGGGAAGCAGUGAGGGAUCGGAACUCAGUGAAGAAAUGUCUUGGCCUGCGUUUGAAAGGACACGUUUCUACCACUCUCUGGGCCCAGUGACCCGAGUUGGCCGCAUCUCCUGCAGAGGAGGCCACAGGCCCAGCAGUUCAGCCGAGUCCGAGGAGCUGGCAGUGCACCUGUACCCUGGAGCAGUGACUGUCCAGGGAGUGUUACGCAGAAAAACCAUCCUAAAGGAGGGCAAGAAGCCUACGGUGGCUGCAUGGACUAAGUACUGGGUAGCACUGUGUGGUACUCAGCUCUACUAUUACACUGCCAAGUCUCUUAAAGCCACUGAAAGAAAGCAUUUUAAGUCGACCUCCAGUAAAUGUGUCCCUGUGGUGGGAUUAAUGACGAUGAUGGCAGAUGACCCAGAGCAUCCUGAUGUAUUCCUGCUGACAGACUCUGAGCACGGAAACUCAUACAAGUUUCAGGCAGGGAACAGAACGAACGCUUUGCUGUGGUUUAAACACCUCAGUGCAGCAUGUCAGAGCAACAGACAACAGGUUCCAGCAAAUCUAAUGUCCUUUGAAUGAAAGGUCCAAUCAGACAGCAAAAAAAACCAUUUCAAAGGCGGGUGCUAAAAGACAUGAGAAAAGAGGUUACGGAGUGAGGGUGCGAGAAGUGAAGAGAACAGAAGAGGAGUGGAGAGAGUAACUAUUUUACAGUAGCUUUUCCACUGCCAUCACCCAGCCUGAGUCUCACUGCAAAGCCCUCCACCACCACUGCCUUACAGAGUGGAGCAAAAUCUCGGAGUGUGUGUUUGUGUGCGCAUGUGUGUCUAUCCAGCUCUCCACUGGUGUGGAUCCCUGUCUCCUCUUCUAUUUUUUUGGAUUUUAUUCGACUUUGUAUUCAGCCUCUCUCCAUUAUAGUCUCUUUCCCUACCAAAGAGAAAUUAUUUUCUUCUUCUGUUCCUGCAUCCAGUGCACCAGGUUCUUAACUCCAUCUGCACCCCUUCUUUGUUUUGUUUUUUUUGUUUUGUUUUUUAAUUGCAAUUUUUGGUCUCGUUAAUUCUGUUCAUGUUGUGAAUGAACAGCUGGGACUCAUGCACCGUCCACCAGUGGAACUCUAAACUCUUCUCCUCUUCAUGCCUCACACAUACCACCAGGACCUUUAAGGAAACAUUUGUUUUGUUUUUUAAAUUGGGGCUUGUCACAUUUAGGUCAAAACCUUUCUCUCUUUCUCUCACAUUCUCCCUCUCUUUUCACUCAGUCUCACACUCUUACUUUCACUCACAUUUAUGCCCAAAAGCACGCACAUCGUCACACACGUUGCUUCUAUUCGUACACUUGAGUUGGGCUCAAGCAAGCAUGACACAAGCUUUUCAGAAUGCAGGUUUAACUGCAGGGAUCGGAAGUGUCUCAUUUGUUACAACCGUUUUUGAAAAAGGGCUCUGAUACUCAAUGAAAAACCACACGGGGAAAAAAAACCGUGUUCCCUUGAAUAUUUGCAUCACCUUUUUAGUGUCUCGGAGAUUUCUAUCAAUUAAACCUGCAUGCAUUUACACACUCACACACAUACGGUCACAUAUAAUACGAGCAUUCAGGAGAUGAAUAAUGAUUUAUUUAUUUUUUCCCUUAGAGGCACUUAAGCCAACUCUCAGACAGCGAUGGUUUUGUAUGACAGGAUGAAAGAUGGAAAGAAGGAAAGCGAAUGUAAAGAUAAAAUGAAUUACCCAUGGUUGGGUUGGGAAACGUAUGGCACAGUGUGCACAGAGGUGGGUGGGUUGUGGUACAAUUGGGUGUGUGGGGUUUAUACAGCAGCAGGUGCUGUUUAUGGUACGACUGAAGCCUCAAAGCAGAGGUCAUGUGUACAGGUAUAUUCUUUUUUUUUUUUUUUUUUUUUUUUCUUUCCUUUCUUUCUUUCACUUUCUUUUCUUUCACUUCUCUCUUCCCCACAUAAAUCCAUAUCUAAAAAGUGGGAUGUUGCUUACCAGGACACACAUUUUCAUAUGUACUUGAAUGCUGUGAAUGUCAAUUGGAUAUAUAUAUAUAUAUAUAUAUAUAUAUAUAUAUAUAUAUAUAUAUAUAUAUAUAUAUAUAUAUAAUAUUUUUUUGCCUGUAAUCUCCGUGGUGGUUUAACAUUGUUUCCUUCCAUCUAUUUACAUCUAUAGUUUGUUUAUAGCGGAUAGGUUUCAAAAAAUUCAGACUGUUAGAGGUGGCUGCAUGUGUUUGAAUGUGUUUCAUCGAUAACCGUAUGAAAAAAGAUUCACAAUUGUACAAAGAAGCUAUCUUUGAGCCAUUUGCUUUUUGUUUACAUGUUUUGUUUGUUUAGUUUCUUUUUAUUUGCAGUAUUACGUUAGUCAAAGUAGGUUUCCGUUGCACUGGUCUUAGGAUUAUUUUAAUUGUCUGUUACACUUUUUUCAGUCUUUUCGUUUCAAUUGUUUAUUUUGACGUGCUUUGUGCUUGUUUGUUUGUUUGUUUUUUUUAUUUCGGUAGCUGUUACUUAUUGUAAAUGAAUCGAGCUGGGAGUUUACUGUACCUCCGCACAUGACUACACGUUGUGUUUAAAAACCCUUCCUCUGCACGGUCCAGCCUUACCAUGAUGUUAAACGCGUUAUGUACUUUAGACCCCCCCCCUCGUGGAAUCUGUAGAAGGAAUCCAUAGAAACGCAGUCUAGUUUUAUGCGAGUGUAUAAGGCUCUAUCGGGAACAAUCGAGGAGGAUCGAGAAGCUCUGAACAAAUAAAUAGCAUUUUACAGUUCAAUAGGGGAGACAGAAUCAUUUGUUAAGGACGGGCACAUGAAACAAUCCUUUCCUUUUUGUGUUGUUUACUUUGCUUUAGUGGUGUUUUACUUGUCUUUUUUUAAGAUUGUGUCGUCUCCCACCCCCCCACCCCUCAAACAUUGGCUCUCUCUCUUUGCUCCAGUCACCUGUGCGUUUGACCAGCAAUCUUUUAAUGGUGCCUCAGAUCCGGGGUCGUGUUCUAGUUUACGGGCUUCUGGAGAGUGGUUUGUUUUUGGAUGGUCUUUCGAAUAUCUCGUCCAACACUAUUACAAGAAUGAAGAAAUGAAUUGAACAGUAUUAAAAGUUUUUUUUUAAAUAUAUAUAUCAUUCAUGAUAGUGCCGGACCCGAUAUGUCUAAUAGAACGAGUGACGUCUUGGAGAAGUGUUUACAUGAGAAUUAUAAAGUGCCACAGGUUUAAGCUGAUCUCUACGGUAUGGACGUAGAGUUCGUUUUUGGGGAUUCUUUCGCAAAAAGCACAUCGGGGUUGUUUGAGAUUGAAUAUAGAUAUGCCACACAAUGCAGUGAAAAGCGUUUAUGCACCACUGUUGUCACAUAUUUUUGCUUUAUAAGCAGCCAUAUUGGCUCGAAACAAUUGUUUGUAUAACACUGUGGGUUGCAAGGCAAGAUGAAGUCAGUCUGCUGUGAUAGAGCAGCCAUUAUUGUUUAGGCAGGGGAGCUCACUGAGUGGAUUUGGCAUGGCUGCUCUCAGCUUGCAACAUGUCACUAAACAUCACUUUCAAAGCCAGAAGAUAGGAGUGUAGAGUGAAGAUGUGUCGGAGUUUUACUCUCUCACACAUUCAUAAAGACUGAAAGCUGGUAAAAAAGGGAAAUGCAGUGUGGUUUGUGCACAUAAAGCCCCUCAUUAAUUUACCAAAGUGUUGGGAACUGGCGCUGCUCAAAGUGCUGACCUUUUCACCAAACUAUGCCACAUGGUCAAGCAGACACACAUUUCGUUAUUGUACUUUCCCUCUAUCUCUUGCAUUGAUUUUUUUUAAAUGGUUUUUCCAUCAGGAACUGAAUGUGUUGGGUUUUUUUUUUUCCCCCAAAAUUGUUGAAAUGGAAAAGCUUGGACAGAUCUGAAAAACAACAAAUACCGCAGCAAAUCAUAGUCCGUGUACGCAGAAAAAGGUGACUGGAGUGAAAAGAAACUCCCCAACUAUAACUCAGACUUGUCUUCUCUUACUUCAGCCUGUCCGUUUAGAAACAUGACGUGGUACUAAAACUGGUUAUAUAGGAUUAGAUUCAGGAAUCUGUUCAAAUGCAUUUGGUUCAUAAAUGUUACUGUACAUAAGAAUUUCGAAAGAACCAACUUUCUAAGUUCUGGACCAGAGUGGGAUCAUCUUUUUUUUUUUUUCCUGUGUGAACUGUAUGGUUUUGUUUUGUUUUGCUUGUUUUUUUUUGUUAUGUUGCACAUGCAUUAUAACUUAAACUAACACUGUUAUUAAUAUUAUUAUAUACAGUUUGUCUUUUACAAAUACACAAACAUCUGUGAGAUUUUGCAUUUUUUUUCUGUAGCUAAAUAUGUUUUAUUGACCUCCAUUUGGAUAGAAUAUGCUGUGUGAUGAAAUGGUUUGUGUGUCAGUGUGAAUCGGUCAAAUGUGGGGACCCCCAGAGAUGUCCUUCGGUGCCAUCCCACCUGCAUCCAUUCUGCAGCCUCCUUUACUUAUAUCCAGCCCUCCUCCCUGUUUUAUGACCCACUGCAGCACUAUGACCUCUGACUGUAGAAAGAUGUGCUCUUGGGUUCCUAAAAGGACAAAACAAAUAAACACGUGUGAUCCUUUUUCUAAA